AAGAGGACCACUUUGGCUGUCUCACCGUAUCACCACUUGUCCAUUCUGUUUAUUUCUCAAUUUCUCUAUUAAAGUUAUUUGCUCUUGCAUCUAAAAAGAGAAAAAGUUUGAUGCUUUACCGUUUUAUGUGAGUUUUUGGGGUUGCAUGGUGGUGAUGGCUGCCAAGAAAGCGUGUGGAAUUUUGUCAAAGAGCAUGUUUGAGGAAGUGCAAAGAUGGGGUUGCAUGAAACAAACUGGGGUGAGUUUAAGGUACAUGAUGGAGUUUGGUUCAGUUCCUACUGAGAGGAAUUUGUUGAUUGCUGCUCAGUUUCUUCAUAAAGAAUUGCCCAUUAGGAUUGCCAGGAGAGCUAUUGAGCUGGAAACCCUUCCUUAUGGCUUAUCUGAGAAACCUGCCGUUUUAAAGGUUCGAGAUUGGUAUCUGGAUUCUUUCCGUGAUAUGAGAUCCUUUCCUGAGAUCAAGGGCACAAAUGAUGAGAAGGAGUUUACACAAAUGAUUAAGGCAAUUAAGGUCAGACAUAACAAUGUGGUUCCAAUGAUGGCUUUGGGAGUUCAACAGCUGAAGAAAGAGCUGGGUCCAAAGAUUGUUCAUGAGGAUCUUGAUGAGAUCCAUCAGUUUCUUGACCGCUUUUAUAUGUCAAGAAUUGGAAUUCGAAUGCUUAUUGGACAGCACGUGGAGUUGCACAAUCCCAAUCCCCCUCCUCACUGUGUGGGUUAUAUUCAUACAAAGAUGUCUCCAGUUGAGGUAGCACAAAAUGCCAGUGAUGAUGCCCGUGCAAUAUGUUUACGAGAGUAUGGCAGUGCACCUGUUGUUAAUAUCUACGGGGAUCCUAAUUUUACAUUCCCGUAUGUCCCAACACACUUGCAACUCAUGGUAUUUGAGUUGGUUAAGAAUUCAUUGCGUGCUGUCCAAGAACGUCACAUGGACUCGGACAGGGUUUCACCACCUGUUAGAAUAAUAGUUGCUGAUGGCAUUGAGGAUGUCACUAUAAAGGUCUCAGAUGAAGGUGGUGGCAUAGCAAGAAGUGGCCUUCCUAAAAUUUUCACAUAUCUCUACAGCACAGCCAGAAAUCCUCUGGAUGAGGAUUCUGAUCUUGGAACUGGUGAGGCAGUAAUAAUGGCCGGAUAUGGUUAUGGGCUUCCAAUUAGUCGAUUGUAUGCUCGGUACUUUGGAGGUGAUCUGCAAAUUAUCUCUAUGGAAGGAUAUGGAACUGAUGCAUAUCUUCAUCUGUCUCGAUUGGGAGAUUCACAAGAACCCUUGCCAUGAAUGAAUGAUCAACUCCAUAGUUCUUACAAUCGACUCUUGGAAUAUUGAAAUCCUAUGUGAAGGGAAAUGCAACAAUAGCGGUUUCUUUUUCCAACAAUAAUCUUGAGGUUUCUUGUAUGUAAUAUCUUUAUUUCUGCUGGCCUAUUUUGCUCUGCAAUUCAUAUCCAUACCAAAAGGUAUAUAAUUCAACUUCUAAGAGCAUCCAUCAUCAGCCAUGCUGACAACCGUUUAGUUAGAACGUUAGUGACAGGGCACAAUUAGUCUUUGUUUGCAAUAUGAUAAAAAUGCUGACAGUAACGUGUAAUCAUAUUUUCAAUACCCAGUUAUGCAUGAUUCUGAACUUGUAUUCGAUAGAA